UCUACCAUAAAAUUAAAAUGUAUUCCAUCCCUAUCUGAUUCUUCUCUCUUUGUCUCUCAAAAAGCCAAAUCUUGCUUUCCUGAAUUUUCAUCGAAUUCUCAAGAUUCCGGCACCGGCGACCGCUCGAGAACCAUAUAUUAGUUUGACCGGAAUGGCGUCGGUGGCAACUUCCGUUGUCAGCAGCGCCUCGGAUUGGUGGGAGGAGAUGAAUGAAUCCGCGGUUUGGCAGAAUCGGAUCUUCUUCACCCUAGCGUCGCUUUUUGGAUUGAUUUCCGCAGUUGCCCUCAUACAAUUGAUCAGAAUCGAGUGCAGGGUUCCAGAGUAUGGAUGGACUACGCAGAAGGUGUUUCACUUAUUGAAUUUCCUUGUUAAUGGAGUUCGAUCUAUCGUCUUUGUAUUCCGUCAUGGUGUGCAGAAAAUAAAACCUGAGAUUUUGCAGCACAUCCUUCUUGAUAUGCCUGCCCUUGCAUUCUUCACCACAUAUGCGCUGCUGGCACUCUUUUGGGCUGAGAUAUAUUACCAGGCAAGGGGAGUGCCAACUGAUGGGUUAAGACCAACUUUCUUUUCGAUCAAUGCAGUGGUUUAUGUUGUGCAGAUUUUGCUGUGGCUGCUUAUGUGGUGGAAGCCCGUUCAAGUCAUUAUCAUCCUGUCCAAAAUAUUUUUUGCUGGUGCCUCAUUGCUUGCUGCCCUUGGUUUCCUUCUUUAUGGUGGAAGGCUUUUCCUGAUGUUGCAACGUUUUCCUGUUGAAUCAAAAGGAAGGCGCAAGAAAUUGCACGAAGUUGGCUAUGUGACAACCAUAUGCUUUACCUGUUUCUUGAUUAGAUGCAUCAUGAUGUGCUUCAAUGCAUUUGACAAAGCUGCUGACAUUGAUGUUCUGGACCAUCCAGUUUUGAACUUAAUUUACUACUUGCUGGUGGAAAUUCUCCCUUCAUCUCUAGUUCUUUUCAUUUUGAGGAAGCUACCACCCAAACGAGGAAUCACACAAUACCACCCCAUCCGCUGACCGCCUGCUCAUGAUAGAUCUUCCACAAGAUGAAUUCCUUGGUCUUUGAAGAAGCUAUGGUCCCCGAACACAGACCGUUUACAAGCAGUUGGUUCAGUAGGUCUUUCUACAGUGGUUGAAAUGCUUGGAUUUGCUUUAUAGAAGGUGCGGUGACCUAUCAAAGUCUGUCAUGUCUAUAUAAUAUUUAGUCUUUCUGUACGAACCAUGUUUUUUCUUGAUUCUAUCAUGCCGGCAUUCUCAAAACCUGUGUUCUCUUGACCAGAUCUUUUGUGGAUUUGUCUGUAUUUUUCUUUUGUAGUGUACAGGAAACUUACAAUCUGUAAACUUUUCUCUCUAUGUUUUGUGUGCCUACAUAAGCUAGAAAUUUGCAUUCUUGCUGUCAAACUAUCAAAGCAGAUCAUUGUACCCGGUAUUACUUUUCUUGCCUGAUUCAAAA